AUGAAGCUGGACUCGUCGUUCCGCCGCCCUUCGCGCACUGGCUCCGUCAGCUCGUCGUUGCGCUCCGCCUCUCUCUCGCGCUCGCUGCGGGAGGGCGAGGUUGCGGACACGACCCCCACACAACCACCGCCCGCACUGCCGUCCGCACCACCGUCCGCACCACCGCCAGCACAACCGCCAGCACAACCGCCAGCACCACCACCGCCCACCUCGUCGCCCCGCCCGCGCCCGCACUCGAGUGCCGCCCACAACGGCGCGCCCCAAUUGCCCUCGCUGCCGCCCACCCUCCUGGGCGCCACCGUCCACGAGCCCAGCUCCCCGACCAGCGCCUCUACCGCCAACUCGCCCUCGACCGCCGGCCUCUUCACCCCCACCCUCUUCGCCGCCGUCCAGCCCACCGACUACUUCAACCUGAAGCCCCGCACCCCCCUGACCGCCCAGCGCCCGCCUUCGCGCACAACCCUCGACCGAGCCCUGGGCCCCGAGCCCCUGGCCGAGCCCGCCAUCCUUGCGCCCGUCGACCUGGACGCAAGGCACGCCCCCGGCCCGCGCCCUACACGAGCCCCCUCUGCCACCCGGCCCCCCACGGCCUCGACACGGCCCCGUCGCUCCGCCUCCAAGGACCACCGCCGCUCCGAGAGCAGGGACACCCACCCCCGCAGCGACAGCAGGGCGCACCACCGGAGCACCAGCAGGGACCACGCCAGGACCGAGAGCACCAGCGCGCGCCUCGACGACGCCCACCACGACGCCUUGCCCCGCUCGCGCGAGCGUCGCGAAAAGGACAAGAAGACGAUGCUGUCCCGCGCCCUGCAAAAGGCCAACACCGCCGUCCUGCUCGACAAUGCACAGAACUUCGAGGGCGCCAUGGAGGCCUACGAGGACGCCUGCAAGCUCCUCCAGCAGGUCAUGAUCCGCAGCUCGCAGGACGACGACCGGCGCAAGCUGGACGCCAUUCGCGUCACCUACACCAACCGCAUCGAAGAGCUGCGCCGCCUCGACCCUGGAUACACACACGGCAGUGGCAAGUCACUCCCCGCGCGGCCCAUGAGCGGCGAAUCGCUUGACGAGCAGCGCUCCAUGUUGCUAGAAGACGACGAUGACGACGACCAAGACGACGACCAAGACGACCCCGACCCCGACCACGACCACAACGACCACGACGACGAUCCUGCCGUGAUCCAGGCAGCGACCACUACCAGCAUCGUCAACGAGCCCUCUGCCGAACAUGUGCCCCUCAAAGACCCAGAGCCGCCCCCAACGCAACCUCUGCCCCUCCGCAAGCCCGAGUUCACCGGCCAACGCGAGUCGGUAAUCAGCACAGCGAUUCGUGAUGUUCAACGGAACAUGCAGACCUCGCACUUCAAUCUACAGCCACCGCCCGGGCGACUGGCGGGACCCACCAUGCCUACCAGAAUCGAAUCGCCCAUGGAUCGGUCGUACAUGCCUCCACCUCUAUCGCCCAAGCGAUCCAAGUCACCCUUGUUCAGCGCCACGCUCCCGAAAGAGCCAUUCGAUUCGCACAAGUUGCUCCAGCCACAGCAGCCAGCACAGUCCAGGCAUCAGCGCGUCCAUAGUAAUGAGUCGACGUCCUGGUUGGACACCAUCGACGAGUCUGGGGGUUCCUCGUGCUCGUCUUCGAUACGCUCGCUGCCCUUGAGUGGAGUUCGUCGCAAACACGCUCGCAACGCAAGUGGAGCCACAGAAGCCGAGUUUGAUGCUGCCCUCGAUGCCGCAGUCGAAGCCGCCUACGAUGACGGCUUCGAACCCUUCGACCACGACAGCCUAGCUCCCGACGGACUCCUCUCGACAAAAUUGAGGAAUGUAGAGCUGGCCAAGGAGAGGGUGCGGGAAGCUGAGCGAGAAGAAACCAUUGCGGCUGCAAAGUACCGCUUCAAAGAGACGCAGCUGCAAAACGAGACACUACCGCACGUCCGAGAGAGCGCUGAGCUGACGCUCAAUGACGAGUCAGAAGAAGAAGAGCGCCUGCUGGACGAGAUGACCAGAGAGUACAUGCUCGAUGGGUUCGACUUCGACCUGCAGACCAAAUCCUCGCUGCCGCGACAAUCAGACUCGAGCGGCUUUUCCGCUUACAACAGUUCACUAUCUUCCCACAGGACCACGGGGGGAACAUCGCUCUCAACGGUUGCAGAGGCCAUGCAGCCCAAGUCACUGCCCUUGCACUCUCCUCCAUCGGCGCCUGCUCCGUCUGGUGCACUGCCAGCGCUGCCAGCGCUGCCAGCGCUUCCUCCUCCACCUCCUUCAGGCGCCCUACCUUCGGUCCCAGAACUCCAAGCAGCACGACUCACUGAUCCAGAGAUCACGCCACGACCCACUUCCGCGACAAGAGAUACUGCUUCUGUCAGAAGUCGGAGAUUAUCUGGACAAAAUGCCAAAACGUUGAAGAUCGAAACAUCCCUGCCUACAGUUUCUGCACCACCGCAUACGGAGAAACCUCCGGUACCCGCGAAGAAUUCACCCCUCGAUGCCCCGCUGCUGCCCAAGUCGGCCGCUGCAACGGUGUUUUUUAGCAGCACGCAAACCAGUCUAGAGCCGGCCUUCAAAGCGCCAGCCCCGCCUCACCAGACGGGUCUUGUUGCUCCCUCGCCGCUGCCUGCACUUCCUAGCCCGGCCGACUCAACCGCGACAAUAUCGCCUGCUACGCCCGCUCUGCCCCAUACCCUCUCCACCGACCCGGGGCUUGCGGUACCGGGGUCGCCAAAGGGAGCCAAACCAUCAGCUCUUGGCAUCAGGAAGAACAAAUCGUCGUUGAGCCUGAAGCAAAGAACGCUUUCUACAUCAAGUCCAGAUGGCUCGGAUGCCUCGGUUGGUACACCGCUGAGUACGACCUUCUCCAUCACCGGCCGCAAGCCGAGCGUUGCCAACAUUGCGCCGCUGCCCACCCCGGGUCUUCCCACAUUCAACCUCGAUGGACUGCCAAGCGGUGGGAUGAAUCUGUUUGAGAGUGAUAUCCAUUCGCCCUUCUCGCCAGGCUCACCCAGUCCAGCUGUAGCAAAUGCUCCGAUCCCGCUAGAGCCAUGUCCUGACACGUACCUCUUGCGCCCGUUCUGGUUGAUGCGGUGCUUUUACCAGACGAUCGUGCAUCCCCGCGGCGGCUAUCUGUCGACGAAACUCUUCAUCCCACGUGAUGUCUGGCGGGUGAAGGGUGUCAAGAUCAAAAACAUCGAAGACAAGAUUGCCAACUGCGAUCUCCUAACUGCAGCGCUGCAGAAGAUGGCGUCGAUGGACACCCUCGAUGCCGAUGCAGUCCUAGAGGAGAUGCAGGCUUUCGAGGUCGUGCUCGACCAGGUGCAGACACAGCUUGCGAAGAAGCUUGGGAACGAGGUGGGUGUGCAGAGCGUGUCGACCAUGUUCAAAGACGCGACCACAGUCGGCGAAGGCGCCAGCUCGGGAGACGGCAUGAGGAGCAUGUACAGUUCGCAGGACAACAGCACAAGCCGUGCCGUAGCGCAGGGCAAGAGCUAUCUCUCGUCGUGGCGGAAGCUGAGGAGCAAGAACUCGGGCGUGAAUCUGGCGGCGCUGGCUGGGCCCAAGACCACCAACGGCGAUGUACCCAAAGACUCGCUGAACAUGGCCACCCUCCCCAUGACCAGCCUGCCCUCGCUGCGCUUCGCCAAGCGAGACACAUCAGGCCUGACCUUUGACGGGCCCAACUCGGGCUACAUGAGCAGCUUGUCGCGGCUCUUCGACUCUGCCCAGAUCCUCGACCAAAUCGCCCGCCAAGUCGAAGACCCCGGCCUCAAGCACUCGUCGCCUACCCACGUCGGCUUGGAGCUGUCGUCGCGCCACGCGGCCGAGUUCUUUGGCUUCUACAUCUGUCGCUUCGUGCUGACCGAUGUCACGAUGCUGCUGGAUAAGUUUAUUAAGAGGGGCAGCGAGUGGGUGCUCGUAUAA